AUGAUGCAGCAAGUGUCUCCACCACCACCAAUUCAAACGCGUUAUCCUCCACCUUAUCAUCAAUAUCCUACUGUUCCAUCAUUAUCAACAUCAUCAUCAUCAUCCCUACUUAUACCUCAAUAUUCAGCUAUGAAUAGUCCUCAAUCAAUAAAUUCUAUUGAUGCAACAGUAUUUGGACCAAGUGUACCACCAUUUAAAAGUUCAAAAAUAAAUAAUUCAUUAUCAUUACCACGUUCAAAUGAUGUUGAUUUUCGUCGUUUAAUCUUAUUUAAUGUACCGAUUGAUUUAAUUCGAGAAUAUCUCGAGCUUUAUAUUGAACAUUUAUCAGGUGAAGCUGAAAUUGAACGAAUCGAUUAUUCUAAUCUUGAUGAUACAACUGUUAUGGUUACUUUUAAAACUGAACUUGAUAUGGCAGAAGUACGUCGUCGUCAUUCAACCCGUUCAAAAUUACAUGAUUCAGAAAUAUCUCUAGCUGAAGUCACACCACCAGCAACUGUAAUGAUACGAAAUUUACCAUCCGAUGUAUCUCGAGAUGUACUUGAAUUAUAUUUUUCAAAUCGACGUCGUAGUGAUGGUGGACGAGUUAUUGAUGUUACACUUGAUGAUGAACACCAACAUGCACUUGUUACAUUUUCUGAUCAUAAAGAUGUACGUCGAGUUACUAAACGUGAACAUUUAAUACAUGGUCAUCGUCUUGAUGUACGAAUCUAUUAUAAACAUAUGGGUAUUGAACCAUUUACAGAUGCAUCGAAUGUUGGUAAACAACCAGAUCCAAUACGUUAUCGUAUAUGUGAUGAUAGUCGUUAUUUAUUUUUACUUAAAAAUCGUCCAUUACUUAAUGAACUUCGCGAACAAUUAAAACCAUUAAAUGGUUUUGUUAGUUUACAAACCGAAGGAUUUUUAGAAAUCAUAUUUAAUGGUCCACGUUCUACAGUGAAACAACGUUUUCAAUGGACAAAAGAUGUAGAAAAAUUAGUCGAACAUUUUCUAACCGAACGUUUAGCUAUACAAAAAGUACCAUGGAAUAAUAAUAAAAUACCAGCUAUUGGUCAAGAACAACUUGCAGAUCUUUCGUUAAAAGAUAAUACUCGUCUUAUGCAAUUAGGUCCAUCGGAAGGCCAACCAAAUCAUAUUGUUGUAACAGCAUUAAAAGAACAUCUUGAUCGAGCUUUAAGUGAACUUACUGAUAUGCUCACCGGACCAGGACCAAGACCAACACCAACUCCUAAUAAUAAUAUUCCUUUAAACGAUGCUGUUUAUCGUAGUAAACCAGUGAGUACAACACGUGAUCCAAAAGUAAAUAAUCAACGAUCAUCUUUAUUACUUCGUUCAUCACCAUUAACACAAAGUACACCUGAUAUUGAAUUACCUCCACCAUUACAAAAUAUAAAUAUUGAUGAUCAUAUUGAUAAAUUACGUUUAUAUCAACUUGAUUUACUAUCAAUGCGUUUUGUUGAUUUAGCUCGACGAACGUAUGGAGAUUUAAGUAUUGACAUUGAUCGAGUAGGACGACGUGUUCAUUUACGUGGUCCACCUGAUCAAGUUGCUGUUUGUAAAAAUUAUUUUGAAUCAAUACUUCAUGGAAUUGUUCAUAAACAUUAUAGUAUAGGUAAAGAAAUGGCAGUAUUUUUAUCAAAUCCCGAUACUGUUGGAGUAAUAAUUGCAUAUUUAACUAAUACAGAUCAUGUAUGUGCUUAUGAAAUCGAACGUAUAAGUAAUAAUCAUCGACGAAGUGCCGUAUCUCCAACACCGAAUGUGAAUAGUCUUGGUGCAGUACCAAAUCAUGCUUCGUCAGCAGCAAUAAAUACUCAUCAUAAACUUGUUUUAUAUGGUUUAACACGUGAUGGUUGUGAUCGUGUAUUCGAUAUACUUCGUCAUGAUAUACGUGUUCGUUCAAUAAUGUUAGAUAAAGAUGAUAGACGUUGUUUAGCAAGUGAAUCAUGGCAUGCAUAUGUACGUGAACUUUAUUCAAAUCCAGGUGGUUUUCGACGUCGGCGUGUACUUUUACAAGUAAAACAAAAUCAAUUAACAUUAGUUGGUUUUGGACAAGAUGUUGAUGCAAUGCGUAGACGUAUUUCCGAUUAUUUUGUUGAAAAUGCCAUUUCAUUCUAUGAAUCAGAUUGA